AUGUCGUGGCCGUCAACUGCAAAUACAAUCGCAACACUAACUUGGAUGGCGGUUCUCGCGCUGUUUUAUCCCAUCGUGGUAGUCGCACAAUCCGACCCUAAACCAACGCUGGCCAUCGGUCAGGGUUCACUAGGCUAUGUGUACCUUGGUUGUUACAACGAGACCCUGGAUAUCACCAAUGACCGCGCUAUCUAUGGAGGCAAUGUCACUAAAUCCACCGGUAUGACAGUUCAAAAAUGCCUUGAGCAUGAAACAUCAACCGUCGAGGUAAAGGACGAUGCAAUUGUCUUGUUCCGCGACGAAGCUGCUCUUGGAAAUGCUUUCGAAGCAUCACCGAUAAAUGUUUCUAUACCUACCGUCCAGCCUUCUCCGAUACCACCCUCGAACCUCAACACUCUUUUAACACCUAUUGAUCCUCCAUUCUCCAGCAAGUUUAUGAUCGAAAUCUCGAAGCGCGAACAUAACCACGAAACCAGAAUAAUCGAUCAACUCUUUACUGGUCCAUAUUCUACCGCCCAGGAGACCCCUCCUGGAGCAUCAACUGGCUCCAAUUCAAGGCCCGAGAUAGUCCGAGCGCCAGAUGCAAACGAGUAUCGGACGAAUCUUACCCGGGCGACGGGCGGCGGGUGGAAGAGCUGGAGGCUUGAGAUGAAGCAAGCGGGUAUUCCAACGUGGGAUUCAAUUAAACCCACCUCUGAUGUUAUAAAUACAGCUCCUGCGGAAUCUAGCACUGCACGUCCUCGCUCGAACUCCGUAGGCUGGGGCCGACCAUAUGAUACCUCCGAUCUUGGGGUCCAAGAUUCAGCACAACCAGUUUUACCAAAAAAUAUAACUAGUACCAUCUCGAACCCGACACCCCUACCAGUUGACCCUACACUACACCCAUUCCAAAGACAACGUCAGCUAAAAGCCGGGGGUGCGCACAGUUCUCAAUUAGAUAUAAGGAACUCGACAGGUUGGGGGCGCAGCGCGACACAGGUCGAAGGCCGAAACUUCCACCCUUCGUCUGGAACCCCACCUCUCGCAGAAAGUAGCAACCGAAUCCCUCAAGAACCAAUAUCCUUCAAGGCACUUCCGCAAAACGACAGCGGAGGCAUGAUGGUUGGAAAUACUCUCAAUCCCGAAACCCCGCCCUCUGCUAGUAGCGAAAAGUUGACUGGUAAUCCAGGCAAUAUCAUUGAAACAAAUGUACUAUCCAUUCAGGAAACAAAACAGUCCGUGAAACCAAAACUCGGGGCUGCUUCGGAGUUCAGAACUGGCCCCAGCAUCCCUCAGAUUCACGAAAUUAUAACUUCGCAGCAAAAUAACACUGCUCCAGUCUUUAUUUACAACGACUCAUCACGGGAAGGUCUUGGACAGCCACGAGAAAAUGCCGAGGCUUCUCUCGGUGCCCGAAUUAAUGAGAAAGUUAUGGGUAAAGAGGUACAGCUAGAGCAGAGCCAACCAAACCCGCAACAUGGUAGCAUAGCAGCAGAAACUGCACCGACGAAAAAGAAAUGGUGGAGCUUGCCCUGGCGGAAAUAA